AUGGCGAACCAGGAGGUGAUUGUGGAUUUCAACACCGGCACGGCGCUGCGGUACCCGUCAUUCUGGCUGCGCGACCACUGCCCCUGCAGCGAGUGCCAGCACCCGAGCACGCACCAGCGGCAGCUCGACACGUUCACCAUCGACCCAGAAAUCAAGGUGUCUAGCGUGCGGUCGACGCCAUCCGGCCUUGAAGUGGUGUGGCCGAACAGCAGCAGCAGGGAUUCCAGCAGUCACGAGAACGCCAACGCCAACGCCAAUACCAGCACGAACACGAACAAAACACACACGAGCGUCUACCCGUGGGAAUGGCUGGAGACGCACCCGCCCUUCGUCCAAGCGAGCAAGAAGACGCCGGCGACAGCCGCCGCCGUGCAGCGGGCAUGGACGCACGUUGCGCCCUCGGCGGCACCGACCAACUUGCCACGAGUGGCUUACAGCGCCAUCGUGGACGGCCCAGACACGGACGGACUGAAGAGGUUUCUGCAGCACAUCCAUACGUACGGGCUGUGCUUUGUGCCCGGGACGCCAGCCAACCCGGCAGCGACGCAGACGCUGGUCGAGCGCAUCGCACACAUCCGCGCCACGCACUACGGCGGCUUCUGGGACUUCACGAGCGAGGCGAACCCGAUCGACACGGCGUACACAAACGACCCGCUACCGCCACACACCGACACCACCUACUUCACCGACCCGGCCGGGCUGCAGCUGUUCCACCUGCUGUCGCACACGUCGUUGCAGGACCCCAGCCGGGCCGGCCAGGGCGGCGAAUCGACCUUUGUGGACGGCUUCGCCGCCGCCGCCCACCUGUACCACCAUUUCCCGGACCACUACCGCGCCCUGGCCACCUACCCGAUCACCUCGGCCGCACUGGGCUCGCCCGCCGGCGCCUUUCUCAACACCAACGCCGCCCUGCAGGGCUACCCGGUCUUGAACCACAGCUCGCCGUCUGCCAGCCGAGUGGCGGCCCCGUCUCCCGCCACACUGGUGCAGAUCCGAUGGAACAAUCUCGACCGUCUGGCCCCGGCCACGCCCACGUUCCCCAACCACACCGCCCUGAAGGCCUGGUACGCCGCCGCGCGUGAAUGGGCUCGCAUCCUCGAGAGCCCUGAAUUCCUGCUCACCGUCAAGCUGCAGCCCGGCGAGCCCGUCAUCUUCGACAACUGGCGCGUCCUGCACGGCCGUUUGGCCUUCGAGGGCAAGAGGAGGGUGUGCGGUGCCUAUACCGCCAUGGAUGACUUUAGUGCCAAAUGCCGCAGUUUAGCUAUUGAAGUAUAG